AUGCCAACCCGGGGCGUCGGUACCGAUGACCAGCGGGUUACUGCUUCCAACAGUAACGCCAACCCUCUCGCCUCUGGUCCUUCUCCGAAUGCCACAAUAGUUGUCUCGGCACCUUCAUACAACCCCAAUGGUCCCUCACAAUCCGUCUCUCCUUCACCUAUACCAACAGCUCAAUCUCCCUAUCCCACAUCUACCCCGGGCGGCACCCAGAGCCACGCCGCUACCGCCAGUCUGUACCAGUGUGCUCACUGCCAACGGCGGUACUCCCGACCUGAGCAUCUCGCGCGUCACAUACAGACGCACACUCUGGGGAAGCGAUUCGCGUGUCAGAUAUGCGGCAAAGCCUUUGCGCGCCAAGAUCUCCUCAAGCGGCAUGUCACCAAUCACGAAAACGACAAUGACCCCAACAAAAAGAGACGUCGCACCGAUACUUCGCCCGGUGCCGGCCGUGUCUCUCACGCCUGCAGACCUUGCGCCACGGCUCGCGUCAAGUGCGAGGAGCAGAAGCCAUGCACGCGUUGCCGAAAUCGCAACCUAAACUGCGAGUACUCCUCCACCGAAGCUGGCUCAGCUGCGGCCAUGCACCUGCUUCACCUCUCGGGGAACCCGCACCAGACAACAUCAACGCCCGGAUCUCUUGCCACAUCUCCUUCACAGUCUGCCUAUGAUAGCAGCCCUUCAACGGCAUACCAACAGGGUCCUCAGCAUGCCAUGCUACCACCCAGAGACGAUGGUGGCCAGCUAGGACCUGCCCAUACCAUUAAGUCGGAAUCAGGCCGCAUACCAACAACAGAAAAUGCCAUGGGACAAGUCAACGCGUCCGGCAUGCCUGUCAACUACGAAAUCGGCCACCAGCAAGACAUGGCUUUACCCUUCUCAGAUUUCCUCCAAAAUGUAAUCUACACAGGAGAGAUGGAUGCAUCACGCAUGGCGGAAGCACAGGGUCUAGCUGUCCUGGACUUUUGCGACAACUCGAAUCUCGAACUAAACGAAGUGGACUUUGGCCUCCUGGAUCAUUGGAACAUGGAUGGCAUGGGAAACACCGGGUCCAACCAGAGCUUCACGCCUCGGACCGACGACUCCAUCGAUUUGGUUCAAAUGCGCCAAACACUCGUCAAGGUCUGGACAGAGUCGCCAUGGCAAUGGGCGCCCAACAAGCUCGACUCAGGCUACUUGGAGCACCCAAACUUCUCCGUACCAUCUGACGACACAAGCAGCGCUGUCUUUAACGAAAGCAGGAAGAAGCACGCGAGAAUCGUCAGGGACAAGUUGGACCAGUCAGGCCGGGAUCAAAUAUUGGCGAUCGUGCUGUCGACCUGCAAAAACGACAACAUCAUGAGCCGAGUCGCAUCCUCUUUUCCGUCCCUCGAGGUCAUGGACAGCCUUAUCCACAUCUUCCUCGCGCAACAUUUCUGCCAGACGUCACAAUGGAUUCACCACGGCUCGUUCUCCAUGAACGCCCAGUGGCCGGAAUGGCUAGCUGUGGCAGCUUCAGCUGGGGCUACCCUCACUCCGGUGCAAACCUUGCGCAAGUUUGGGUUUGCUCUCCAGGAAGCGGUCCGAGUUACCAUCCCGGCAAGGUUCGAGGAUGCCAACACUUCGAUCAAAAAUCUCGGUCUUGUGCAGACUCUGAUCCUGGGCCAAGACAUUGGUCUGUGGAGCGGCAACCGACGCAAGAUGGAGAUCGCCGAAUGUCAUCUCAUGAUUCCUAUUACGAUGAUGAGAUAUCGCGGCAAAUUCCAGCGAGCAUCGUACCCCAUGGUAGAGGUCAAUAUGUCGGACGAAGGCGAAGUUUUGGAGAAAAAAUGGAGGGCCUGGUGCGAGCGUGAGUCGUGGAAGAGACUACUUUUCCACUGCUUCGUGCGAGACGCUCAGACCUCCAUGACAACACUCACCAACCCCUCCAUGUCGUACUCGGAACUCACCCUGCCCCUCCCUGAAGCAAAGGAGCUGUGGUUUGCGAAGACAGCGGCCGAAUGGAAAAUGCACUAUCUCGAGCGAACAAACGGACAGAGCAAACGACCACCUUCCAUCGGCGAUCUCCUCCGAGACAUUAGUCUGUUGGCGACGAACCGCCAGCGACUGGAUCUGCAAUUUGCAAUCUCGAUAUACCUGCAUGGCUACUGGGCGCUGAUUCUCGAGUAUCUCCAGCUGUGUUCCGUCUUGCGCACCCGGACUUGGCUGAACAACUCUGGAGGGAAGUCUGAGGAAGUACUGCGCUCGAGACAUGCGGAGCUAUGCAAAGACCUGCAGGGCUUCCUGCUGGUCACAUCUGACUGGCACGAGAUGCUGUCGACGCAGGAGAGCCUGGUGCUCCAUCUCCUCAUGAUGAACCUACACCUCUCUCUCAACGAUUUACAGCUCUUCUCUGGCAAGGAAGGCGAGGACCAGGCGCGUCGGGUAUUCGGUGACCUGCGCGAGUGGUCGCAGAGCGCCGAGGCGCGCCAGUCACUCUGGCACGCGGGCCAGAUCCUGCGUCAGGCCAAGAUGUUCCCCCAGGGUCAUCUCAAAGACUUUUAUGCCAUUGCCGUCCAUCAUGCGGCUCUGGCGUGUUGGACCUACGGUGUGGUUGCCAAAACAAGCGGAACCGGGAAGACGCCGGUGCAGGGGUACGAGCAGGAGAAGGUGUUCCUGGACGGCACCGAGUCGAACCUGGUGCACCGAUUUAUUGGCUUCAACCAAGGGCGGCCGGUCAUCUUGGGACCCAUGAGCAGGGCCGGCGCCACCGAGGCGUCGCUCGACGAUCCCAAGGCGUGCAUGGAAGUGGCCCAGGAAGUGCUCCGGGCCAACUUCCGGGAAUCGGCAGAUCUUCACCCGCCCAUCGUCGAGAAUCUGUGCCUGCUGAUCAAGCAGCUAGGUCAUGCUGCCUGGGCAGUCGGCAUGUCAUGA